CGAGUCUGGGAUCAGUUGAAGCUCCAUCAGCCCGUCGCACGUCACUCAGAUUGCCUCAAGACCAAUCGGGCACCAGACAGCAAUUGGGCUCUCCGGACUGGUUGAUAUACUUGCGUUCGUGCGUUACGGUUCAUGCCACCAGCUCCUGCAAGUUCGAUAUACAAUGGAAUGCAUCGUUCUGGAAUCUGGGAUAGUCGCCUUACGCUCUGCAUAUCUAGACAAGACUACGGACACUGUGUCAUCAGGUCGUGGUCUCCUUCGGGAUCUCAUGGCCGGGAGACGAACAUGUUCUGGGCACCGCGCACCGCAUCCGACAUCCGUGUUUGUCGGUGACGAUCACGUCAAGGCUACGGACACGAACGCGUCAAUAUAAGAAAGGGGCGCGUUGCGGCUAUGGCACUAGUGGGAACUCACCAUCGCCGGUCACCACAGCGGUCAUUCGGCGCAUCGCUCUGCCUCUGCCGUUUGUUGCAUCAUCAUGGACACAUCAUUCGUCCUACAGGGGCUCCUAGGCGUCUCGGGCACCCUACUGGGGGCCGUGUUAUGGAAACUGAGCCCGUACCUCCUAGCACCCUUCCGGUCGUCUCUCCUCAACUUGCCGGGUCCACCCAGCCCCGGUUGGUUGCUCGGCAACCUGAACCAGAUUUACGAAUCCGAAGGGGACCUCAUCACCGACGAGUGGAUCGAGAAGUAUGGUCCGAACAUCAUGUACCGCGGGGUGUUCAAUGGUCCUCGUUUGUACACGACGGACACCCGGGCUUUAAACCAUAUCGUUACGCACUCCGCGUACUACCAAAAGCCGGAACAAGUUCGUAGAUCGUUGGCGCAUAUACUUGGAAAAGGUGUUCUCUUCACUGAAGGCGACCAGCAUCGGCAACAGAGGAGAGUAAUGAACCCUGCCUUCGGACCCGCUCAAAUCCGGGAGUUGACGGAUAUAUUCGUCACUAAGUCUAUUGAGCUCCGAGAUUUAUGGAUAUCGGCGAUCAACACCCAGGGAGAGGUAGCUCGCGUCGAUGUCCUCAAAGAUCUGAGCAAGAUGACCCUAGACGUCAUCGGACUUGCAGGGUUUGGCUACGAGUUCGAUUCGUUGAACCCCAAUGGCAAGCCCAACGAGUUAGCUCAGGCGUUCCAAGAUGUUUUCAAUGUUUCCGACAAGAUGCCAGUCCUCAUGAUUCUCCGCGGCUUCUUUCCGGUCCUCCGCGCUAUCCCUGACAAACAAUCGCGGAGGAUAGACGACUCGCAGGCCGUCAUGAGGCGGAUUGGCAUGCAGCUUGUCCAGGAGAAGAAGGCGGAGAUCAUGCGCGAGCGCGCACAGAAGAACGAGAAGGAUCCCGCCUUUGAUGGCAUAGAGCGCAGGGACCUUCGGAGCCGGGACCUCCUUACCCUUCUCAUCAAGGCCAACAUGGCGACGGACAUUCCGGACAGCCAGCGAUUGUCCGACGAAGACGUCUUAGCUCAGGUCCCUACGUUCCUUGUCGCCGGACAUGAGACGACGAGCACCGCAACAACAUGGUGCCUCUUUGCACUCACACAAUCGCCUGAUGUGCAGAAGAAGCUUCGCGACGAGCUCCUCACUAUCGAGACGGAGAACCCUACAAUGGACGAGCUCAACGCGCUGCCUUACUUGGAUAUGGUCGUACACGAGACCCUUCGCCUCUAUGCGCCAGUACCUACGACGAUGCGCGUGGCGACCAAAGACGACAUCAUCCCAGUCGGCACUCCGUUUACCGAUCGCAAUGGCGAGGUGCAGGACAGUAUCAAGAUCAACGGCGGGGAGUCCAUCAUUGUUCCGAUCGCGACUCUGAACAGGCUCAGGUCGAUCUGGGGAGAGGACUCAUAUGAAUUUAAACCAGAGCGCUGGGAACACCCACCAGAGGUGAUCUCGAAUAUCCCCGGAGUAUGGGGUCACAUCUUCACCUUCCUCGGCGGGCCGCGCGCGUGCAUUGGAUACCGAUUCAGCCUUGUCGAGAUGAAAGCGUUGCUCUUCACUCUCGUGCGCGCGUUCGAAUUCGAGCUCGCGGUCCCGCCUUCGGACAUCAUACGAAGGUCUACGAUCGUGACGAGGCCGCUCUUGCGCAGCGCGCUGGAAGAGGGGACGCAGAUGCCUAUCAAUCUCAAGCUGUACAAGCGCGACUGAGGGCUGUUGUCGUGAGUAAAACGGAUGCGAAGUACGUGAGGUGCUGGUGGCAGGGGCCAUGAGUCUGGCCCUGUUCCUCUGAGCAGAUCAUCAUGUGGACAGGGUGGCAAAGGAAGACUUGUAUGGUAUGUGUGGGAAAGAUGGUAUCAAGUAUAGCUGCGCAUGUCAGGGAGAAGCGAGUGUCGUAACGACCCGAAAGCAAGAGAAAGCACCAGCGAGCAACAUUGGCUGAUGGGCAGCAGUUCAUAGUCUAUCCCAGGACUUAGAGACGGGGCUUUUCGUCGUAGGCGAACUUUGCCUCCAACAUACUUCCAUUCACCGGUCUGCGCGCUGUCAGGUCGCUUGCUUUUAGCGUCUGCGUGCACACACA